GGGCCUGCGGCCCAUUAUUAUCCUUUCUGGACAAACGACAGGUCGUUCCUCUGAUAGCCGUUGCUUAACUUUCAUCAUCCCUUUUCUCGUUUCUUCUCUCUGCGAUACCGGAGACUGAGCUCAGCAGCAGGAGGAUGGUGUAAAGUCUCCUUUAGAGUUUAGACCUUGGGGUAAGAAGCUUCAGCUGCAGCCUGCAAGAAAAUCAGUCCGAAGAUGGCGGAUAGCAAAACAGUCCGAGUGGGAGGUAGAAUUCCCUGGCUUGAUUUGGCCGUACCGCGGAUGCUCCGCCCUUCUCAAUUCCCGUCCCGCGUCUCGUUUCCCGCCCCCGCCAAACCUCCUCUUCGCUUCCGAGUCUUGGCCAUGGCUGUCAAGAGGAGCCCCAAGCGUCUCAAAUACUCCGCUCCUCGCUUCACCAAGGAGGGCGGGUUGGUUUAUGUGGAAGCUGAUCCUAGUGGAGAGGAUAGCUGGAAGAUGGAUCCCAUCGUUGCCCUUCUGAAGCAGGGCGCUGUUGGGGUCAUUCCCACUGAUACUGUGUACGCCAUAGUUUGUGACCUAAAGAGCCCGUCAGCGAUAGAACGUCUUCGUAGGAUUAAACACAUUGAACCAUCCAAGCCUCUCAGCAUCUUGUGCCGCUCUUUGAGAGAUAUAGACACGUACACGACUGGUUUCCCUCGAGGUGAUGGCCAAGGACACGCGAGUAUCUUCCGAGCUGUUAAGCAUUGUUUACCCGGACCGUACACUUUCAUAUUGACUGCAAGCAAGGAGUUGCCUAAACGAUGUAUGAGAUAUGGAACUCCAUCUGCCAAAUAUGCUGCUCGGAAGGAUGUGGGUGUCAGGAUACCGGAUGAUUCCAUUUGCCGGGCAAUACUUGAAAAGCUUGACGCACCACUGAUUUCCACAAGCGUGAAGGGCCUUAAGGAAAAUGAAUGGUUGUUGGAUCCUGUUGCAAUAGCUGAUGCAUAUGGACCAGAGGGACUGGAUUUCAUUGUUGACGGUGGUGUGAGAGUGGCUGAUCCUUCCACUGUGGUCGACAUUACAAGAAUAACUCCAGUAGUCGUACGGCAAGGAAAGGGACCUAAACUGCCAUGGAUGGAGGCUGAAGAGGACAGUGAAUCAGCUUUAAAGCCUGAAGACCUUAUACCUUAUACUACUUGAGAUAUGUAAAUCCCACUGAAUCUUGCUUGAUCGGGACUUCUAAGACGACAUUGUACAGCUAAUUCAACAUCUUGUUGAUGAUCCAAGUAAAAUGAAAUCUUGCUGGAGGGAGUAAGACCUGUCAUGAGCAACUCCAUUGUCUGUUCCUGCUAACUUGCUCAAUUGGGUAUGAAUUAAAUUUAACAUAAGAUUUGUGGCCUUCAAUUUUAGUCUUGAAGCUGACCAUUGUGAUUAUCAUGAUCUCUUUGUUAUAAAAGCACAGAAGAGGAAGUAUGUUGCUAUAGUUCAUUACUACUCGGAGAGUCGGAGUACACAGUUUAUAUAUGGCGAAUGACUAACAUUUAAUGGAGUUUGGUCUUUUUGGAAGGUGAAAAUAAUAAAUGUGGACUUGCUUCACCCCUCAUCAAUCCCACAGCCUCAGAGUGAAGCUGCAAUGUGUGGUUUCCUUAUCAUCUUCUGGAACCAUUGGUCCAUUAGGCCAAUCUUACUGUGCUGUAAUGAAAGCUCCUUCUCCUG